UCAGCACUUUCUACGUGACCUUUUCGUGGUAACUGUAUUAGUGACGUCAAAUUUUAACACAUGCUAGUUUUUACUUACUCCUUACCUACACGCGUUUAGUAACUUUCCUAUUAUAAUAUUGUCACGUGCUUCGAGUUAACAAGUUAAUAAUUAAGUGAAGGAUGCUGUAAAAGCACGUGCGGAACUCGAACCCCUGAUUCUUUAUUCUUUCUUUUUCCGGAUACUGGGAAGUGCUGGUUAGACUAUAAAUGUCGAGAGUUAUCUUCCACGUAGACGGGAUAAGUCACGUAGAGGAAACAAUCGGCGUAAGAGCGUACGCGUGACUACGUCACGCUUACGCUCACACUUCUGAUGCGUGUGUGGCGUGUUACACCGGUGUCGAGGUAAGUAAAGAAAGCGGCCGGGACGAACAUUGCCUAGAUUGGGAGGCCGCAGGGGGGGGAGAGAUAAGAUAAGUUAUUUAUCCACCGAUCCGGAUAGACGGUGGAGUACCCACGGGAUUUUCGGGUAUUACAAUUCGUUACUAAAUUCCUCUUCCCCACUCCGUCCCGCCCGUCUACCAAUCGGCGGUUUGGGGGUAAAGUGAAGGAAGAGGAAGAUCUAGGCAGUGUGUCCCUGAACUUUUCAUCAUUCUGACAUGAUUGUACUUGUCGUCCAUAGGGGUAACCAUCCUGCUCUCUCUGACGGUGUUUAUGCUGCAGUUGGCUGAAACCAUGCCACCGACAUCAGAUGCUGUGUCCAUCAUAGGUGAAAACCAUCUUUCUUAUCUGGUUGCCGUGGAUAUUGAGAAUGGACAGACCUGGCAGGAAGAUAACUAGAAAACAGUUAUUUAUGUCGACGAAGAUGAAAGAAUUGGAACUGAAGGAAAGAUCUUCGCGAAGUCUGUUAGCUAACGUUUUGGAUAUAGACGACGAUUUUCGCCAACCAAAUAGUACGGGUGGAUAUAUUCACAUGCCGGGCGGGGAAGACGCAUCUACUCUGCACACGUGCAUCAGAGCGCAAAGAGAACUGAGUUGCAUCCUGAAGGAAUUGAGGUACAUCACCACUCGAAUGCGAAACGAAGACGAAGUGAACGACGUGAUUGCCGAAUGGAAAUUCGCAGCCAUGGUCGUCGAUCGAGUGUGCCUCAUUCUCUUUUCAGCAUUCACCAUCAUAUCCACGUGCGUCUGUCUGUUUUCGGCGCCGCAUCUCAUAGCCUAAAUACAUCACCGAAGCCAACUAGCAGCAGUCUCUACCUUUAGACCUAUACACACAGACUGAGAGCUUAGUGGCAUUCUCCACGAGUCGAAUUUACUUACUCGUGCCAAAAACAAAAAAAA